AUGCCUCGUGGUCACAAGAGUAAGAAUCGUGCCCGUUGGAAGCGCCGCCAGACUCAAGGGGAAACCCAGGCCCCUGAAGAGGCGAAGGCCGCUGCUGCAGAAGAGGAAGCCCAAUCUCCCUCAUCUUCACCUCUUUAUGAGGCUUCUCCUACUAGUGGGGCAUCUCCUCCUUGUGAGGAUUCUCCACCUCCUGAUGAUUCUCCACCUCCUGAGGAUUCUCCACCUCGUGAGGCUUCUCCACCUCGUGAGCAUCUUCCUCCUCGUGGGGCUUCUCAGCGUCUCCCUGGUCUUUCCACUGAGCUGAGUUCUCAGAGAGUCCCACCCAUCCCCAAAAUUGAUAUGUGUGUCUACUGCACAGAGGAUGAUGAGGGUGACCUGGGCGAAUAUGGUGGGGGUGCUAGUUCCUCAGGGGGUGCCGCAGGGGGCCCCCAGAAAGAUCCUCUCAUCAAAAGGAUGAGACUCCUGGUGCAGUUCCUGCUGCACAAGUAUAAGAUAAAAGAGCCAUUGAUCACCAAGAAAGAAAUCAUGAAGAUCAUCAACAAGAAGUACCAGGAGCGCUUUCCUGAGGUCCUGCAGAGAGUCUCUGAGCACAUGGAGCUGGUCUUCGGCCUUGAGCUCAAGGAAGUCGACCCCAGCGUUCCAACCUACCUCCUGGCCAAUGUGCUGGAGAUCAGCCGGGAAGAUUAUCUCUUUGAUAGUAAGACGUUCCCCAAGUAUGGGAUGCUGCUGCCUAUCCUGGGCAUGAUCUACAUGAAUGGAAACCAGGUCAGCGAGGAGCAGCUCUGGCAAUUCCUCAAUCGAGUUGGGGUCUCUGAUGGGAAGAGGCACUUCCUCUUUGGAGACCCCAGGAAGCUCAUCACCAAAGAUAUGGUGCAGGAAAAGUACCUGGAGUACCGCCAGGUACCCGGCAGCGAUCCUCCAACUUUCCAGUUCCUGUGGGGUCCCAAGGCCUAUACCGAAGCCAGCAAGGCCAAGGUCCUAGAGUUCAUCCUCAAGAUGCAGAAAAUGGAUCACAAGGCUUUCAAAAUCCUGUUUGUGGAAACUUGGAGAGAGGAAGAAGAGAAAGCAGCAACCAUGAAGUGGUCCGCGGGUAAUUUUAAUGCCAGGGCCAGGGCCCGAUUCAGGGCAAAGUCCAGCAAGGCCUCCCGUGAAAAGAGAGAGUAA